CCUUGUCUGUUUCCCAUCGUAUCGCCAAACACUCAGUGCUAUCCGGAAAAAUCUUUUCCUCGCAACCCGAAUUUUCUCUCUCUAAAGAUGGCUCCGAAGGCAGAGAAGAAGCCCGCCGAGAAGAAACCCGCGGCCGAGAAGGCUCCGGCAGCGGAGAAGGCCCCGGCGGAAAAGAAGCCGAAGGCCGGGAAGAAGCUGCCGAAGGAAGGAGCCGCUGCUGGGGACAAGAAGAAGAAGAGGAUGAAGAAGAGCACUGAGACCUACAAGAUCUACAUCUUCAAGGUGCUGAAGCAGGUUCACCCUGACAUCGGUAUCUCUAGCAAGGCUAUGGGUAUCAUGAACAGCUUCAUCAACGACAUAUUCGAGAAAUUGGCGCAGGAGGCGUCGCGAUUGGCGCGCUACAACAAGAAGCCGACCAUCACUUCCCGGGAGAUUCAGACUGCCGUCAGAUUGGUGCUUCCUGGGGAGUUGGCCAAGCACGCUGUUUCCGAGGGUACCAAGGCCGUUACGAAAUUCACUAGCUCUUGAAGGAUAUAACUUGUUAGGUUUUUGGUUUUUUUUCUUAAUUACUGCUUUUGUGGCGUCUCUAUGUUUAAUCUAGGGUUUGCUAGGGUUAUGUAAAUUAGGGUUGUUUGGAAUUAAAGAAAAAAGGCCCUUGUAUGGUUUAUGUGGGUAAUGGAUGGCUAUUCGGCUUUCAGACUUCCUUUUGUUCCCCUUUUUUAUACUUUGCUUGGAACAACUGCAGGGAAUUGGAAUUUUUACUGAAAAUCACUAUCA